UUUGUUCAUAAAGGUAAGAUGUUAGGCCAAAGACUUGGAAAAAAAUUUUAUUUUAUUGCCUCUUCCACCUUUCGCGGUGAGCCUAUUAGAGAUCGAGCUGGGCGUGGACCAAGGCCUCGGUUUCUCCUGUACCCAGAUUCCAGGAACAGGCAUUAACCUUCCUGGGUUUUUCCUGGGCUGGGUUUUUCUUGGACUAGAGGCUAUGGAUCUGGCCAGGGCAAUAAAUCAAACACCAGAGUCCAGGCUCAGACCCAGGCUUUUCAAAAAUCUCUAUCUCCAGAGCCUAUCUCUGAUAUUUGCAAGAAAUCCUAUCAAAAUCGCAAAAAAAUUUCCUCCGAUAUUUCCUUCCAAAAUGUAAAAAAUAUAAAUUUCCAAAUCAAAUCAACCAACCUUUCUUUUCGUAUCAGA